AUGGUUUCCUUCACGCUCACUUUCGCUGCCGCAGCUCUCGCCGCGCAGUCGGCUGCUGCCAUUUCCUUGCGCCCUGGUCUACCCAAGAGCGGCCUCGUCCCUCGCACCUGGAAUGGGCAAGAAUACGGCUGCAAGUGUUACCCAGGCGACGACUGCUGGCCCAAGCAGAGCGCCUGGGAUGCCCUCAACAAAGAGGUCAAUGGCAACCUGCACGUCCAUAUCCCUCCCGAGGCGGCCUGCCAUAACACCUUCGAUAGCCCUCUCGGCCCUAUCGAGACCUACAACGAGGAGAAAUGCGCUGAGGUUACUGCCAACUGGACCAGCUCUGCCUGGACGUUUGACAGCAUCAACCAACAGGCUCUCCUUAUCUGGAAGUACUGGACCAACGUUACAUGCCUGCCAACCGAUGAUCCCACGUCCCCUUGUACCCUAGGCUUCUAUGGCGUCUAUGUCAUCGAGGCCAAGACUCGCCACCAUAUCGCUUCUGGUGUCAAGUUUGCCCGUCGAAAUAACCUGCGUCUGGCCAUCCGCAAUACAGGCCACGACUUUGCAGGCCGCAGCACCGGCUGGGGCACCCUAGUUAUUAACACCCACAGCUUGAAGGAUAUUACCGUCCACGAGCAGUGGAAGGGCCCCUCCAGCUAUAAGGGUCGCGCCAUUACCAUCGGUGCCGGCGUUCAGGGCUAUGAGCUCAUGAGGAGUGCCCAAGCUCACAACCCUCCCCUCGCCGUGGUUGCUGGGGAGUGCCCAACUGUCGGUCCUGCCGGUGGAUUCAUUGCUGGAGGUGGCCAUAGCCCUCUGUCCUCCGUCUAUGGCUUGGCUGCCGAUAAUACUCUGCAGUUUGAGGUCAUCACCGCAAAGGGAGAGUUUGUCGUUGCCAACGAGAAGGUGAACCCAGACCUAUACUUCGCUCUUCGCGGUGGUGGUCCUUCCACCUUCGGCGUGGUUGUCUCGGUGACAUUCCGCACUUAUGAUGAGGUUAUUUCCUCCGGUGGCAGUCUCACUAUCAACAGCAGCUUGACCGCCAAUGAGGACCUUAUUUGGGAGGGUGUCCGUAUCUUCCACAAGUGGUCUAACCACAUGGUCGAUAACGGCCUCUACGUUUACUUCGAGCUCCUCCCCUUUUCUUUCCAGGUUCUCCCCUUUGUCGCUAUUGGCAAGACGAAGUCCGAGCUCGAUGGGAUCCUAAAGCCUUUGCUUGAUGAGCUCAGGGAAGCCGGUGUUCCUUUCGACCAUAUGACCAAGGAAUAUGACGGCUUCUUUGACCUCUACCAGGAUCUCUUUGAAGACGAUGCCAGGGCCGGUCUGCACGCUGUGAGUGGUGGGUGGGGCUUCACUCAUGAGGACGUUGAGAACAACAACGACGGGAUUAUCGAGGCAUUCCGCACAGUCCAAAGCCCCCGUCCCGAUCUCCAGUACGCUGGUGUCGUUAUCGGCCAUCUGUUCGACCCUGGCCACGGCCGUCCCACCACUACAGCCGCCCUGAACCCCAGGUGGCGUAACUCCACCAACUUCGUCAUCUCCGUCCUGGGUGUUCCCCAAAAUGCCAGCCCGGAGAUGAAGGCCGACCUGCAGCAUGUCCAGACUUAUGUCGUAGACAGUGCUCUGAGGGAGGCCGGCCCCAAUGGCUACGCCUACAUCAACGAGGCAGACCCAUUCCUGCCCAACUUCCCGGAUCAUUUCUGGGGCCCUGCUGUAUACCCCAAGCUUAAGGUGAUUCGACAGAAGUGGGACCCCGACAUGGUCUUCUUCGCCAUGGCGACCGUUGGCACUGAGAACUGGGAGGUCAUCGAGGAGAACACCAGGCUCUGCAAGCGUCUAGACUAG